CAGAACUGGAGUCAGGCGCUUAACCCACCGAGCCACCCAAGUGCCCCCCUCUCUCUGUGUUUUAAUAAUCUUUUGUGGGAACCACAGAUUAUAUGGAAAAGUGGAAAGCUCAGCUUUUAGGGCAUAGACUAGGAAUCAUCAAAUUCUCAUAAGGUUAAAGUACUUUCAUUUCUCCUAACUCACACUGUAUUGACAGCUUGGAAUAUCAGUAUUCAUCAUCUCUGGCAAAUUGUCUUGUUCACAGUAGUAGGAUCUGAACUCCUGGCAGAGGCUGUAUAAAAUUUGUUAAAGAGAACUCACUUAAAAGAAUUAUAUACAACACCCGUGGUGGAUCCCGGCUGGGCUUUGGUCCCGUCUCUGCGCCUGAGAAGCCCAUAUAUAAGUGAAUCCUCUUCCACUUCCCCGCCGGGAUUUAGAGGCACCCUGGAACUGGUCCCCGGAUGAGACUCCGAGGCCCCCACAGGAUUUCAGCAGCUCGCUUCGGCAAGUACCUCCGCGAGUCGCUUGCUUCGCUGGCCGGGUUGGCCGAGGAAAUACGCCACUCAGUAUAGGGCAAGAGGUUGCGUGGAAGGAGCAAGGGAUUUGGGCCGAUGAUCUUUUCCUUGUAUUUGAGAAAGGGUUUGGAGGCCCAGCAAGGGGACGCCAGUUGCUAGGCAACCUGAAGACGCGGGCCUGGGCUUGGUGGAGUCUACUGGGAGCUGUGCCUUUCCAGCUUGUCUCAGCUGUCUCGGGGGAGUUCUCGAUGGAAUCGCCCCGUUGAUACAUACCUUUUGCCAUCCCUCCCACUCUGGACCUGCUCUUUACCUAUCUUGUUGGGUCAAUUCAGGUUGGCUGUCGUUGGCUGGUGUCACACCCCAGUCCUUGAAUCUCCGAUAGGAAGGGGGCGGAGCAUUAGUUCAGAAGCAAAUUAUAGUCACUAAUAUCACUAACCAAGAGGGAAAUGGUGAUAAUUGCAAUUGGAAAUAAUUAUCCUUGAGAAAUGAGAAGAGUGGGAGUAUACUGCAGGAUAAAUACGUGAACUUGGAUGGAUUUAGAGGUUAAAGGAGUUGCUACUUCCCCUACGAGUCAAACUCAGCCAUUCUCUGGAAGAAAGCUGCUGCAAGGUUCCACGACUUGAUUUGGGAAGCCUUGUUGACUCUGAUGAGGAGCAAGACAUAAUACCUGAAAACUUACCAGGACCAACAAGCAAAUAUAAACUAAAAUAUCAGCAACAUAAAACUGAAAUGAAAGAGGGAUAUAAACAGUACAGUCAGAGAAAUGCAGAAAAUCCAAAACCAGGUGUCACACAACAGUCUCCAAGAAACAAGUGUGUACAAGGUGAAGCAGCCAUCAUCGAUGGUCUUACAACUCUGGAUAGGAAGGCCCUCUUACAGCAGGGUUAUGCAGACAUCCCGUACAAUGCACCAUGGUGUAUGAGGAAGUCUGAUGCCGCCUCUAAAUCAGUGUGCCUGAGGGUGAUUCUAACCUUUCCUACAAUAAGCCUCCAUAAAUGUCAACACUCAAGGAAAUUGUGGCUGCAGAGAAGAAGAAACAGACUGUUGCAGAGCAAGUGAUGAUAGACCACUUAUCUAGGGCUGUGAUCAGUGAUCCAGAACAAAACUUAACCUCCGAGAGACAAGAAAGCAUUCAUAUCGUUCCAGAUUCAAAGAUGGCACCUCUUCGAUUUAGGAAAAGAACGCUACAUGAAACUAAGAUAAGAACCCAUUCUACAUUAACUGAAAACAUGCUUUCCCACAAAGUACAGUUUGAUGGUAGGAUCAUAUCAAGAAAUGGACGUGAUGCUUGCAGAGAGCUGAUUGGGUUCUUUUUUACUCAUGACCAGUCCCUAACAAUUUAUGAAUAUCGGCAAUUUGGGAAGAAUAGAACAAAUGUGCUUCCUUUUAUUCAAAAAAACAUUUAUAGUCAUCAGUGUGGACGAAGAAAAGGAAAACAAUACCAACUUGGUGAUUUUUAUAUUGGAGCAAACUUGACAUUUUUGAGUUCUGAUCAUCCCAGACUUCCAGAAAGCAUAAAACAAAACACAUUACUUAUACUUCGAAUCACUAAUAUUGAUCAGAUAGCUUUGGAUUCUCUCAAAACUGAUUCUGUGGAACGUGAGGAUAUAACCAGUCAAGAAGCCAAUGAUAGGCUUGUCUUAAAGGCCAUUCAAGAUGCGCUAAAGGAACAGCUACACAAAAGAGGUGUUCGCAUUUUGACUGGAUUGGGGAAAUACCUCCAACAACUGGACAAGGAAGGAACUGGACUUUUAACUAAGGCAGAUUUUAAGCAAGCUCUAAAAGCAUUUCACUUAGAAGUGUCCGAAAACGAUUUUGAACCUGCGUGGCAAAUUCUGAAUGGCAGUGACAGUGGCAAGGUUGAUUACGGAGAAUUCAAACGUGCCAUUAUUGGUGAAAUGAAUGAGUACAGGAAAUCAUUUGUUCGAAAGGUCUUUAUGAAACUGGAUUUCAACAAAACUGGCUGUGUGCCUAUUAUAGACAUAAGAAAAUGUUAUUGUGCGAAGAAGCAUCCUCAAGUAAUUUCAGGCCAUUCCACAGAGGAAGAAAUCAAAUUAUCUUUUCUAGAAACACUAAAAGAUGCCUGCAGCAAGUCUGAUGAAGUGUCGUAUGGUGAAUUUGAAGAUUACUAUGAAGGUCUAAGUAUAGGGAUAGUAAAUGAUGAAGAUUUUGUUAAUAUCUUACGUACCCCAUGGGGGAUUUAGUUUUUCAAAAUGAAUGUGUUUUCAGCACGAAGCAUUUUAAAGGAGAGAAUGAAGUGAUUGUAAAAUACAAUCAAACACUGGAAUAUAUUUUUCUAGGACUUUUUUUUUCCUCGAAAAGAUUGAGUCUGAAAAGAGAAAUCAGAAAGAUAGAUGAAGUUACAUGUAUGUUCAUGUGCAUGUAUGAGUGUCUCUAAGUUUGUAAAGUCCUGUCAUUUUGAUUUAUUACUUAUCUUGAAUAGAUUUUAAAGGUCAUUUUUAAGUAGGCUUCAUAGGAAAGUUAUGUCUUCAUGAAACUAUAUGGGAGCAUGUAUAUAGUAACUGCGUUACACAUCCAUUUUUUUUUUGCUACCUGUUCCCCAAAAUAUGAUUGCCAACACUCUCAAUCUGAUAGACUGGAAUUGGGCGCAAAGCCUAUAAGACUUCAAAUAGUUCAGCUUGUUUCAAACAUGAAAAUGUUAAAGAAAUUACGGAAAAUGCGUAAAAAAUUAACGGAUGUGCAAGGGAAAUUUUCCCUGUGGGGUGAUUGUAGAUGUUUUCCAUAAGAUAAAUUAUUAGAAUGAUGGAGGCUUACCCCUAAAAUGCUUAUGUAAACACUGACUUGUCUUGUGAAUUCUUCUAAAUUAUGUGCUGUUUUUUGUUUUGUUUUGUUUUGUUUUUUUGGUCCAGUUGAGCACAGUGUAAUUAUUUGAGUGAUCAGCUCUGUUCGUUCUUUUAUUCUAUUUUUAACUGCAAUCCUUCUUACCUACACAGAAUUACUAGUUAGCUAGAAACAGUGUAAAAUGGGAGGGGGAAUGUUUUCUGAGAUUUUUAAGUAAAGAUCUCAAAAAGUGCAUUAUCACAUGUAUGGACCAAGGGAUAAUUUUCUAAUUCUUAACAAAAUGUGAAAGGAUGUUUGUGUCCUAAAAUGAAUGUAUGUUAUUCUAAACACCUCCUUUUGUUAUACUAAAACAACUGAAACAUUUUCUUCUCAAUAGAUAUUAUUUAAUGAUUAAAUAUGUUGUAAUUAUCCUUUCUAAAUUUUCCUUCACUUCUCCUCACUUCUGCUUGGAAAUACAGAGAGAAGAGAAAACUCAGUUGUUUCCAAGUUCAUACUUUUAAAUGUUAUAUAUUAUGAUAACAUAAAUUAGAAUAGAAUGGUGUUGAGUAAAAUAAGUUGUAGAAUAUGACUUUUGGCAUAUAACUUUAUAUCUAUGCCAUUGGCAACAUUAUCAGUUGUGUGAUGUGUGGAAACACAGUACAUUCAAAGUAGUACUUUUUCGAGUAGGUACUAAAACUCACCACUAAAAUAUCAGAAAGAACAUUUUAGUGCUAUUUUCACUAGCUAAAUUCUUUAUUCCUUGGAAUUCACCUCCGCCAUUAGGUUAUUGUAAUUAAAACAAUAUACCGGAAGACAUUUUAGCAGAAAUAAGUCUAUAGUAAGUAUAGUAACUCGAUAGUAACACCAUUUCUGAAUCACAUUCUUAUUCUUAGAAAAAUGUAUCCAACUAUAGUCAUUUUAAAACCUACAAAUUGUUCUCAUAUUAAAAUGACUAAUUCUGUGGGUGCUCAAUAUGCAUGUACUGUUUUUCAUUGAUAAUUUUUUAUUCAUAACAAAUCUUAACAUUGUUGGGUCAUCUUGUGAAUAUAAUCACAAAAUGUAUUGUGUAGGCUGUCAUAUUGGGAAAAAAGGGAAGAUUCUUCUGGGAUUUAACAUGUUAAUGUCACAUCUUACUCUUAAAUAAACCAUCACGCUCUUAAUAUAAGUACUGAUAUGUGUUUGUUUGCAAGAAGUUUGUCUAUAUAGGAGUUUAGGAAUAGUUAAUUUCUUAUUACUUUCCACUGUUAUUUCAAUGUAGAGUUAAGGAAUACGUAUUCAAUGUUAUCUGUAUAUUUUGUUAAAUUAUAAUUCUUGGCCCAAUAAAUCAUUCUGCAUUUGCCUUAC